AUAUAAAUGCUACGACGCGUCGUAUUUGAUUAAGGUUUGCGCGCGCGGUCGAGUUCGCUUCUCUUUCUCUCGCAGCCCGGCGGCCCAGCGUUUGUUUUCUUUCCGCGUUAACUGUUGUUGCGUGAGCCGUUACCUAGCAGCAGCCAGAGCUUCGCAACAUGGACGUGUCAGGAUGAACGUUUGCUGUCACCUUACCUUUUCAGUUUCCCCAAGGUUUGCCUCCACCGAGUCCAACAUGUCCUGCUAAGUUCCCCUAAAUGUGUCGAGUAGCCUACGUCUUUAAAUCGAGGUGUCGAAAUACAGAUUCUGGGCGCUUCGUUCACAACAGACCGGAGUUAUUUCUGGCCGCCGAACAUCAUAAUAAUGUGUUAUUUACGUUCUAAUUAAGAGGAGGCGCUCAGGAAGAGCCGGCCGUCGCAGUAAACUGACUAACUGGAUUAAUUAGCGGAAUCUUUUAGAAACAUUAUUUGUUCAAAAUGCCACCGCCCGCCGGUCUCAUAUGGGACAAGGUGUCGAAAAUUGAUCCAGAGACCCUUGACGAACGUAAAAAAGACGAGCUGGACGAAGUCUUCCGCCUUUUUGUCGCGACAAAGGAAUGGGAGGUGAAGGAUAAAGCCGCGGAGAACAUUAUUCAGGUCCUCCGAGUGGGUCAGGCCCUGUUAAAGACUAAAGAACGGGUUGUCAAACUCCACGAAGCCUUCAUCGAUGAAAUUUGUAUACAACAUGUCAAAACCGAAAAUGAACUUCAAGCAAAAGUGUCCAAGCUGGAGCAAGAGCGCAAGGCUCAGCAGCUCGGCACCGGGCCAGACAGCCGCUUUCUUAGGGAUGAGAUUCGGCAGCUCGAAGCUCAGCUGGAGCAACGGGAGAAGGAAUUGACCCAGUUAAAGAAAGACAUGGGCAAGGAAAAGAAAACCAACGAAGAGUUGACUGGACGGUUGGAGGAGGCUGAGGACGAGGUGAAGAAGUUGAAACGAGAGUUGAAAAAAUCUAAGAGGAAGAACGAGCAGCUCCAGCAGGAUGUCGAGUUCUACCGCGGAGAGCUGGAGCAGAAGGAACCGCUCCCGUCCAGAGACGAGAACGCAGAGACCCAGAGGAAGCUGAGCUUGGCCAACCGCCAGCUGUACCAGUGCUUGGAAGACCUUCAGAGAGCAGAGGAUGAAAACGCACACCUGAAGACACAGAGCGAGCAGCUGCAGGCGAGCCUGGAGGAGUCUGUGAAGGAGAUGGAGAAGAUGACAGAUGAGUACAACAAGAUGAAGAUCGUCGUGCAGCAGACUGACUCAAUUAUGGACCAGCUCAGGAAGGAAAGAGAUCACGCGAAGCUUCAAGUUAGAGAGUUGACAGACAAGAUCAGCAGCAUGACCGCAGAGAACGACCCAAUUAUGGCAGCUGUCAACACCAAAGUGGAGGAGUGGAAGAGAGUGCUCUCUGGGAAGGAUGAUGAAAUUUUGGUGUACCAGCAGAUGAUCCGCGAGCUGAGGGACAAGCUGCGCUCUGCCCAGCUGGACUUGGACAAAAGCAACAUCAUUGCCCUGCAGCAGGUCAUAUAUGAGCUCUGCGGUGCUGUCCAGGAGCGAGAUAAUCAGAUCAAGAUGCUGAGCGAGCAGGUGGAGCAGUACACCAGAGAGAUGGAAAAGCACGCCCAGCUCAUAGAGGAGCUAAAGAUGUCUACAAACAAGGACAAAGGUGGACCUUCAGCAUCACAGCAGAGAAGGAUGGAGGAGCUGAGGUCCAAACUAGAAGCUGCAGAGACCAGGGCGAUGGAAGCGGAGCGAGCUUUGCGACAGGCUGAAGCCCACGCCGAGGAAAAGGACAAAGCCUUCAUUGAGGCUUCAAAUCGCUUGAGCCAGUAUGAGGCUGGCACUUAUGGCCUGGAAGCAGCCAUUGCUGAGAUCAAAGAGUGUAACAAUCAAAUUAGAAUGAGAGAUCGUGAGGCAGAGGCCAUGACCAAAGAGAUCAACCAGCUCGAGCUGAGAAUCAAUGACCUCAUGGACGAAAACGAGGAGUUCCGGGAAAAACUGGGUCUGGAGCCGAAGCAGGAAGUGGAUCUGACAGAAUUUAGGCGUGCCAGGGAUCUCAGGCAGCGGCAGUACAAAGCCGAAAACCAGGUUCUUGCGAAAGAGAUUGAGCGACUGGAAGAAGAGCGCCUGGAGCUGAAGAAACAAAUCAGGCACAUGGUGAAAGAAAGAGGAAUCCCACCGUCGAGUGUGCAUCUGGAGGAUGAGGUCCGGUCCAGAGGAAAAGAACAGGGGCUGCUCAGACAAGGAAGCAUCCGCACUGAUGAUGAGAUCAGGCGCAGGAAUGAAUACUUGGAGAAAGAACUGAGCAGCAAGAAGAAGGAGCUGGAACUGCACAAGAUGGAGUUUCAGGCUCAGUUGGAAGACCUGUCGAAAGCAAAGAGAGAUUUAGAGGCUACGCUAAAGGAUGUUCUUCAAGCUAUGAGGAAUAAUCCAGGGAGCGGUGCUGAUGCUGUCACUAUUAGCAGUCUGAAACACUUGCCUAAUGCUGCAGGUGUGAGCAGCCUAGGAGGGCAGCCCGAGGCUGACCCUAGGUCCCAAAUCCAUCAGCUGGUGGGGCGAAAUGAAGAACUGAGGCAGGAAUUAAAAUCAGCUCGCGAGGAGGCGAACAGCAGCCUCAGUCUCCUCGUCAGAGCCAAGGAAAAGGUGAGCCAGCUCCAAAUUGAGCUGGAGCUGCUCCGGAAGUCAGGCAGCGGGGGAGUCCUCCAUCGACCUCUGACCCUCCCCGAGGGCCUAGGGCCCAGCAGCACGGAGGUCAUCAGCUCCUUGAAUGAGUAUGCUGUCCGACUGCUUCAGGAGCUGAAGAACAAGGAGGAAAAAAGCAAGAAACUUUCAGAGACUCUGGAAGAAUACAAAGAGAAGUUUGCUGUCAUAAGCCAUCAACAGGGACUUCUCUAUAAGGAAUAUUUAAGUGAAAAGGCAGAGUGGCAGAAAGAGAAGCAGACAUUCACAGACACGAAAAACAAGCUGGAGGAGCAAAAGCAGGUGGACGAUGUGAAAAUUCAACAGUUUAAUGAUCUGCUGGACACACUUCACAGAGAGCCGGAGGAAGUGAGGAGACAGCUGAGCGAAGCGUUCCGUAAGCUGACCGUCUUCGCGGUUAAUGAGAAGAGACUGACGCGGCGCUACUCCACUCUGCUGGAACAAGAGCAGCUUCUCCGGAAGGAAAACGGCAAGCUGAGGGACGAGAGCAGCCAGAUGCAGGCCUCCGUCAUCCAGAGGAUGGGUUACCUGCAGAGGUACAAGGAAAUGGCAGCCUAUAAGAUAACGGCCCUGCAGCGGGCCUUGGACGACAGCGUGCCUGCAUCUGAACUUGAGAGGGCCAACAAGCAGUACACAGAGCUAACAGUCAAAUACAGAGAUGUGCUCCAGAAGGACAGCCUCCUCAUCCAGAGAACCACCAACAUGGAACAUUUACAGGGUGAAAACGAGUCUCUUCGAGAACAACUCGCCGCCAUCAACAAAGAGCUGGAGAUCACGAAGGAGAAACUCAACACCUUGGAGCAAGCAUGGGAUAACGUCGGCUCAGCCGGCCCUGACACUGGCCUGGCCAAGGCGGACAAGGCAUCGAUCAACAACGAGAUGAUCUCCGCGGCGAGACGGAUCACCGCUCUAGAGAUGAAGGAGCUGAACGAGAGGCAGAGGGCUGAGCACGCCCACCGAAUGUAUGAACACAUGAGGAACUCCCUCAGACAAGUGGAGGAACGCAACUCCGAGCUGGAAUCCAAGUUUGCCGAGUUGACCAGGAUGAACACGGAGGCCCAAAGGAUGGAGCGGGAGCUGAGAGACGAGCUGGCGGGAAGCACCAGCAAAGCCGUUAGCGACGCAGACCGAGCCAGGAUCGCAGAGCUGGAGAAGGCGGAGGCCGAGCUGCGCGUCGAGGUCUCCAAGCUUCAAGAGGUGUCUGAUGUGGCCGUGUCUCAGGUGUCUGCUCUCCAGGCCCGACAGAAGUCCAAAGAUAAGGAAGUAGAGGCUUUAAGGAGACAAAUACUGGACUACCAGUCACAGUCGGAUGAGAAGGCCCUGAUCGCUAAGCUCCACCAGCACAUCGUAGCCCUGCAGCUCAGCGAGUCGGCGGCUCUGGGGAAACUCCAGGCCGCCGCCUCGCACCUCCAGCAGCUGGAGGCCUACAAGCUGCGCGCCGAGCAGCGGCUGGACGCCGGCGAGCGAGCGCUCUUCCUCGCCCGCCAGGAGGGCCGUAGCCGCGCCGCGCACCUUCGCCAGACCGUCCAGUCCCUGCGGAGGCAGUUUGCUGGAGCGCUGCCCCUCCAGCAGCAGGAGAAGUUCUCGUCCACGAUGUUGAAACUCCAGGAGGACAGAGCUAAAGCCCAGGCGGAGAGGAGGGGGGCGGAGGAGGAGAGGCGGAGAGCAGAGGGGAGAGCUCAGGAGCUGGAAGUGAGACUGCGAGGUCUGGAGGAGCUCAUCUCAACCCUGAAGGACGUGAAGGGAGCCCAGAAGGUCACCGAGUGGCACAAGAGGAUGGAGGAGGCUCGCCUCCAAGAGCUGAGGAAGGGCAGGGAGCUGGUGGUCCAGAAGGAGGAAAUCACCUACCUGAAGAAGCUGGUGGAGGAGCAGGACCGGACAAUCUGCUCGCUGGAGGAGGAUAUCGUUCAGCUGAACGCUCUUCAAGAGGAACGGCUGCUGGCGUGGGAUCAGCGGGAGGUGGAGCUGGAGCGCCAGCUGGACCGCUACGAGAAGCAGCAGAAAGACGUCCUCAACAGUGCUGAGAAGUUUAACGAAGGUGCAGAAUCCCUCCCAGACCCAGCGCUGCCUCUUGCUCAUCAGUUAGAGUUCGCCUUGGGUAAAAUCAAGGAGCACGUUCACACCAUUAUGGACCUGCAGGGAACGUGCAAAAGUUUGGACAAGAAGCUGAAGGAGAAUGAAGUGGCUCUACUGAAAGCAGAACACAACGUCGUGUCCAGGGACAGGGUCAUCAACGAGCUGCGUCUCCGGCUUCCAGCAGCCGCCGACAGAGAGCGUCUGCUGGCAGAGCUUAGACAGAACGAAGAGGACCAGACCGGCAGCCAGCCCGGACUCAAGCUGGCCCACCAGACUAUCAGAGAUCUCCAAAGUCGCCUCGACAGGAAGGAAGACGUGCUGAAGAAAUACCAAAGCCAGCUGGCUCAGGCCAGACAGGAUCAAGAAGAGAUGAUAAAAAGACAUCAGGAAGAGUUGAAAAUAUUACAUCAGAAGCUGGACUUGCACACGGACACGACUCUGGACCAGUUCAAACAGACGGCGAUGGAGCUGCUGAAGAAGCCCGCUAUCAGAGUGCCAUCAUCUAAACACCUGGAGCGUCUGGCUGAGUUAGAGCAGAGCGUGGCAGAGCAGGACGCGUCCCUCAGCUCCGUCACAGAGAAGCUGAAGCGGACCACGGCUGAGCUGGAGCGACAGAGGAUCACCAUGGAAACACAGGCUAAGAAACACGCCGAGGAGAUGGCAAAGCUGGAGGAAAGCUAUGUUGCCCAGGUGAAAGCUCUGAGCGAUGAGACGGAGGACCGGAGCAGUCAGCUGGCUCAGAUGGAGAAGGAGAUGAACUUCCUCCGCACGGAGCUGGAGGCUCAGAAGGAGGCCAACGUCCGCUCCCCGAGCAACACCAUGAAAAACCUGGUCGAACGACUCAAAGCACAACUCGCUCAGAAGGAGAAACAGCUUAAGGCUCUCAGUAAGGCGCUGCUGGAGCUGCGGGCGGAGAUGACGUCUGCCGCAGAGCAGCAGGUCAUAGCCAGGGCUGCUCAAAAGGAGGAGAGCCUUAAUGUACAGAUGCUGGUUGACAAACACACCAAAGAGCUGAAGGAACGGCUGCAGGAACUGAACGAAGAGCUUCAAGCCUCCAAGGAGUCUGCCAGAGCAGCCAGGAGCAGAGAGAAUAAUUUGAAAGAGGAGGUCGAAGGGCUAAACCAAGAUUUCCAAAAGAAUCAAAAAUCUCUGAGACGUCUGCAGGCUGAAAAAGAGGAACGAGAGCAAGAAGUGGAGGAGCUCAAGCAGCAAGUAAAGAGGCUCACCAGCACCAUGCAGAAUCAGACGGAGGCAGCUGGGAAAGGGCCCACCGUAGAGAAUCUGCAGAAGAAGAUCAGGAGGCUGGAGUCUGACCUGGAGAAAAGAAACGAAGGGAAAACCAUCAAAGAUGAUCAUGGAAAGCAUAAAGAUGAAAUUUUGCGGUGGGAGGAGAGCAAAAAAUGGCAGGCCAGGAUGGAAAAGGUGAAGAAUUCCCUAAAGGAGAAGGAACGUGAUAAUGAAUCCUUGUCAAAGCAGCUCAGCACUCUUAAAGAUCUUUAUGCCAGACUGGAGCAGGAGAAGGCCGCGUUGCAGAAAAAACUGAAAGCUCGGGGUGUGACUGCUGACCAGGUGGUGGGGGUUCGAGCCAACGAAAUGGAAAGAGAGAUAGAGGAGUUGAAGAAGAAGAAUUCAGAGCUGGAAACCCAGAUUGUAACCAUAAAGCAGCGCCAGGCCUUACCGCGGGAUGAUGCCAUGGAGAAUCUGAUGUUGAGGAACCGACUUCUGGAGGAGAGGCUCCACUCCAUGGAGGGACAGAUAUCCAAGGAGCCCCUGUCAAGGCCCUCUGCGAGAGACGUCUUCUCCCGGGCCUUUAGCGGGAUCUGUUCUGUCACUUUCGACGUUGAGGACGGGAUGCGCGCCGAAAACACGACAGCCCAGCGUCCCGAGAGCUGUGGCCACUCACACAGCCCCGAGCCUGCUGGCGACACCUUUGGCCAACAGGGGGAGCCCAUGCAAGGCCGGGCGGAUGGAGAACCUCUGAGCUGCUUCUCUGGAGAAGAUGCUGAGCAGGAGCGAUCAAGCAGUGAUGGAAACGCUGCAGCUGGCAAAACAGACGCAGGCACCGCUGCCGAUCACGUGGAAGACGAGGAAAGAAAAACAGCAGCUGACGCUCAAGAGGAUCCAGAAAACAUCCCGGUUGGCUCUGAAGGCGCCCUGCCCGCCGAACAGAAGGAGCCGCGCAACAUGAAAGGGAAUGACGGCGUACCCGGCGAUCCGUCGGGGAGGACCGAAUCCAUCACGUCUCUGUGUGCAGCUCAGGCAGCGACAGGUGGGGGAACUAGUGAAAGUGAGAGGUUGGGGGAUGUUUGUGAGCCACGAGGCGAGGCUACGGAUCAGGACGACCAUCUCGGAGUUGCCCCAGAGGUGCCUCAGGGGGCUGAGGAAGAGCUUGAAGCGAAAGGAGAGGAAGACGUGGCGACAGCAGACCAUCAAGAGCACUUCUUCUCAGCUGUCCAGGAUGUCGAUUCGGUCGUCGCACUGAGCGAGCGCCCAGAAGGGUUUGUCUGUGUAAAAAGGGACAAACAAACAGGAAAAUGGGAACCUCUGAAACAGCAGAAGACGUCAGGAAGGGGCACUGGCACCCCGUCACAGAGAGAUCAGGACCUUUCAAAGGAAAACCUCAGGCUGGCCUCAGAGAACUUGGAGCUGCGCCUUCAGCUGGAGCAGGCCAGCAAAGACUCACCGAGGCUGAAGAAUCAGAUCGCGGACCUUAAGGAGAUGUGCACGGCACUGAAACAGGAAAAGGCCGAGGUGGAGAAAAGGCUGGCCCAAGUGCGGGGAGCUGGAUAUAGUGGCAAAACAGUCCCUGAGCUCGAGAAGACCAUUGGGCUGAUGAAGAAGGUGGUGGAGAGGGUGCAGAGAGAAAACGAGGGGCUGAAGAAAUCUAGCGUGCAUGCUAAUCAAGACCGAGUCGCCGCUUUGGAGAAGGAAAAUGAAAAGCUGAAGGCCGACUAUGAGAAUCUGAAGCAUCAAAGCGAAGCCGAGCUGAGUGCAAAACUGGAAUCCAAGACCAAAGGGCUGGAGAGGAUAGUGAUGGAAAACGAGCGCCUUCGCAAGGAGAUUAAAAGGGAAAUGGAGGCAGCAGAGAGGCUGAGAGUGGCCAAGACGAGUCUGGAGCUGACCAACGACAAGCUGGAGUCAGAGCUGGAAGAAACCAAACAAAGACUGCGUGCAGCUCUGUCCACGGCUGCUGCGGGGGGAUCCGACAGCAGAACCUCCAAAGCCGCUGUGGUCACCAGAAUGUUUGAGAACAAGAUGAAGGAGUUGGAGAGGGAGCUCUCCCUGAAGACCUCUGGCGUGUCUGAGCUCAAGCAGCAGCUCAGAGAGGCCAAGGACCGCGAGGAACGAGCUCAGGCGCGGCUGCAACAACUCCAGGAUCAGGUUGACAUGUUCCAGAAGUUUCCAGCAGCUCCACAGACGAAUGCAGGGCGCUCCAAGGAGCUCCAAGCUGCCAGACGGGCAAACGCUGAGCCAGAGAGAAGGACCACGCAGCUGAAAAAGAAGCUGAAUGAGGACGCUGAGCAGGAUAGUGAAGCUUCUCCAGAACCCGGUUUCGGGAACCUGAAGAGGCUCCUGCAGUCGGCUGAAAGCGAGAAAUCCCAACUCCAGGCAGAGGUGAGGAAGCUAAGGAAGGAGCUGGAGAACUUUGACCCGACCUUCUUUGAAGAGCUGGAGGACUUGAAAUACAACUACAACCUGGAGGUGAAGAAGAACAUUCUGCUGGAGGAGCAGCUGAAGAAGGUGUGCGAGCAGUUUGGUGCCUCGGCUGAAAUGCCCAGCGUGUCCGUGGGCUGACUCAGGGUUACCGUGCCAACAUAGUUCUGUUUUUAUCUGAUCAGUCUGAACUGGAGCAAUUAUGGUCUGUGUUUUUAGACUACUGUCAAAGCAGAGUAGCAACAGCAAACCAGCACUUUUUUACUGUUUUUUUUUUUUUUAUUCAACUGUUAGUUGUAUUUUUAUUUAUGAGCUUUCUCUGUAUUUGCCAAUAAAAUGUGGUUCCUUUUUAAA